AUGACAACACUCAACCAGCUGUUUGAUCUGCCGGGGCAGAUUUGCCAUGUCCAGUGUGGUUUUUGCACCACUAUUUUGCUGGUGAGUGUACCGUUCACUAGCCUGUCAAUGGUGGUGACUGUGAGAUGUGGGCACUGCACAAGCCUUCUCUCUGUCAAUUUGAUGAAGGCUUCCUUCAUUCCUAUCCAUCUCCUCAAUUCCCUUUCUCAUCUUGAUGAGACGGGAAAAGAGGAGGUUGCAGCGACAACAGAUGGUGUGGAAGAAGAAGAAGAUGAAGACGAGGAAGCGUGGAAGGUGAAUCAGGAGAAGGAGAACAGUCCAACGAUUUUGGUUACUUCUACAGACAAUGAAGAUGAAGAAACUCGUGUUUACCAAGUUGUCAACAAACCACCUGAGAAACGACAACGGGCUCCUUCCGCUUACAAUUGCUUCAUCAAGGAAGAGAUCAGGAGGUUAAAGGCUCAGAAUCCAAGUAUGGCUCACAAGGAAGCUUUCAGCUUAGCUGCCAAAAAUUGGGCUCAUUUCCCUCCAAUGCAAAACAAGAGAGCUGCCUCAGAUCAAUGUUAUUGCGAGGAAGACAACAAUGCACUACUAUCAUGCAAUGCUCUGGAGGACCAUGAGGUAAGCAAUAAUGGAUUCCGAGAGAGAAAGGCUCAAAGACAUUCCAUUUGGGGAAAAUCUCCAUUUGAGUAA